CGAACCGACGCGUCAACCACGCUCGACGAUGGGCGUGCGACGACUGCUGCGACUGCUGCUGCUACUGCUCGUCGCGAAGGAAGCCGGCGCGUUCCGACUUUUGAACGCGACCGACGUCAAUGUGCUCAGUACCUUGCCGCCCGCCGUGUUUGGCCCGUACGCCCGCGGCAAUGUCGGCUACUAUGGCAACCCAGCGACCACGUCGUUCCGCGAGCACAUCAACCCCGGCGCCAUCUUCCAUCCCGAGCAGCCGACGCAGUGGGGCGGCGUCGCCAUCUCGCUGCAGUGCCCGGGCAUGGUCGGGCCAUUUAGCGACGGCGAGUACUACUGCGCGGGGCGAGAGUACGGCUACUGCGAUCGGCGCUCGAGCACAUGCUACUGCAACAAGGGCUACACGGGACGCAACUGCACAACGUGCAUCCCAGAGUACUUUGGCGUCGGCGGUCUCUGCUACCCGAAGCGCAGCUGCCCCAACGACUGCUCUGGCCAAGGCACGUGCGACUACGCGACGGGCAUUUGCAGCUGCAGCCCCUCUCGCGUCGGUCUCGACUGCGGCCAGCCGGCCUGCACUGCGAUCGAUGCGCUGUGUGUGUCGUGCGCCGGCGCGACGUGUCUUCGCUGCAUCCAGAGCUACUUUGUCAGCGCCUCAACCAAUCGCUGUGUCUCCUGCACAGUGUACGAUCCGCGCUGCCGCAGCUGCGACGCCCUGCGCUGCCUCGCGUGCGCUGACUUUCACCUCAACUCGGUCAAGCGCAGCGGACCGCGGACGACCGACCCGUGGCCGAUGCCACCCGAAGAGAGGAUCCGCGAGUUUUCCUACUUGGCCGUCUUUGGCUCGCAGUCGCCUCACGCCUUUGACGAGACGGAGCCGUACACGCUGCAAGCAACGGCACUGGAUGCGACGCAGGCGUGUACGCAAGGCGGCAACGGCGACGCGUCCUGGCAGUGCGUCAGCGCUCCGUCAAGCCACGUCGUUUGCGGCCAUGGCGGCACGAUCACCUUUGCGUCACCGUCGUACGCCAUCAACGAGUCCGCAACGGUGGUUCCGAUCACCGUCGUUCGCACCGGUGGCGGUGUCGGCACCGUCUCGGUCCUCUACGAAUUGACGCACAUGACGACGACGCCGUCCGACGUGUCCCCGACGGCCUACUACACGACGUCGCAGCGAUUGACGUUCUUACCAAGUGUCAUUCGCCUCACAUUUGCCGUCACGGUGCACGAAAACCCCGUCGCCAAGAACCGGUCGUUCCGUCUCCAGUUGCGCGCACCGUCCGACGGCGCCACGAUCGGUGACCAGCGUACGACAACCGUCGAGAUUCUUGGCGGCGUCUACCCCGCACCUCUGUUUGCCAACGUGUCGUCGACCGCAACCGCCGGUAGCAUCGUGUCCAUCUCGAUGACCGGUGCACCGGCCCCCCUUGUCGCCUUUGCGGUGUGGCGCAGCAGUAUCGUGUCAGAUACCGACUCGACGGCGCCGAUCGAGCUCGUGGCGACGAGUGCGCCCGGUGUUUUGGCCGCGUCGGCGUGGACUCCGACCGUUGCUGGCAACUACACCGUGCACUUUGAACAACUGUACCGGGGCGGGCUACGGGGCAACUACUUUGCCGAUGCCACGUGUCGGGGACCCGUGCUCGCCGACCGAAAAGACGCUGUUGUCAACUUCACGGCCACCGACACGUCGUGGGCGUUUGGUAGUGCCCGGUGGCGCGGCUAUGUCCGUGCGAUGGCUUCGGAAGCGACGACCUUUCGUGUCGACACCCUCGGUGGCGUGCGUCUGUGGCUCAACGGCAAGCUUGUACUGGACAGUUGGCUGCCGCUGGACGCGCCCAACCGAGUCGGCGCGGUCGUCUUGCGAGCGGGGACACUGUAUCAACUCCAGCUGGACUUUCGACCGCACGCACGGUUCUUGGAUCGCAUUGUGCUCCAGUGGCAGUCACCGUCCCUGCCGCUGCAAGUGAUCCCGACCUCGAGUCUCUUUGCAGCCUGGCCCGUCACCGCGCUGCGACCGACGGUUGUUGUGCAACCGGCGCCUGCAGCCGACGCGUGGUACCGUGGUCCGACCACCGGUGUUGCAGGCGUUCCACUGACGUGCCAGUUUUACGCCGUCGACGGCUACGGCAACGUCCGCCGCCGACUCUUUUUUGGCACCCGCGACGACUACCGAUGGGUCCUCGUCGGACCCCGCACCGUUGACGGUACCGUCGUCAUGAGCCCGGCGACAGGUAUCGGGCAAGCAACCGCGACGCCGACGAUCGCCGGCACCUACGACGCUACGAUUCUGCUCGGCACAACCGUGCUUCGAACCGUCUCAAUUUCGAUUCGUCCGUCUUUAACAAGUGGGCCACGGUCGUCGGUUGCCGGCGCCGGUGUCGCACCGCUCGGCGUCGUCGCGGCGGCACCGACCGCAAUAUCACUGCGGGGCGUCGACUUGUACGGGAAUCUACAGUCGACGGGCGGCGCCGUCUUUCAAGUCCGUGCGACCCACGUCGCAAGUGGUCGCGUCGAUCUCGGUGUCGUUGUCGACGCUGGCGACGGCACGUACGCAGCCACGUACACAGCGCGUUUCAUUGGCGCCUACUCGGUCGCGGUCACGAUUGCGCAGCUGCACGUGGCCCAGAGUCCGUACAGUAUCAUGGUAGUUCCAAACGUGGCGUAUGGCCCGUCAUGCAGCGUCAUCAGCGGCACCACCGGCACUACUGCAUCCACGACCGGGGUCCCGGCAACGUUUACGGUUCAGCUCCGCGACGUCAAUCGCAACCUGAUUUCCUCCGGCGCCGCGACCGUUGCCGUCACGUCGACGUCGCUGCUCGUGUCGCCGAGUUGCGUCAACCGCCUGGACGGCACAUACGAGUGCAGCUACACGCCCACCAACGCCACGUCGGCCAUGUCACUCGUCGUGACGGUCAACGGCCUUCCGAUCCAGCAGAGUCCCUUUGCCGUCGCGGUCACGACCGGUGUCGUCACUGCCGGUGUCUCGGUCGCGCUGUCCGCGCCGGGUAGCAGCGGUCUCUUGUAUGGUAUCGCUGGAGUGCCAACGUGGCUUCUCGUGCAGGCGCGGGACGCCUAUGGCAACAACCGGUCGAGUACGGACGCGAUCUUUGUCAGCUUUGCCAACGCGUCGACGUCCGCCGUUGCCGUUGGCACGUCGCUCGUAACGAGCCUCGGACGUGGCCUCUACAACGUCAGCUACACGCUCACGAUCGCCGGCGCCUACGCCCUCCAUGUCGCGAUUGACGCAACGACCACCGAGAUCCAAGGCAGUCCAUUUACCAUUCAGAUCUACCCCAACGUCGCUGACCUCGUAACAACAACAGCAACGGUGGUGACGCCGUUGCCAUUCAUUGCAGGCGCACCCAUCGUCGCCGUGCUCGCCCCGCGGGAUGUCUACGGCAACCCGACGCUACGGCAGUGGUACCGCUUUGGCACGCCCGAGCUCGUCUCGGCUUCGACGAUCGUGCGGCCGACGGUGCAGCCGGUUGACACCUCGACGACUCUAGUCUCAUGGACACCGACCGUUGCGAGCGUCUACGCGUUCCAUCCGUCCAUCUUUCUUCCUGGCGGCGGCAACGCCACGAUCAUUGCCAACCCCGUAGGCCUCGGCGGAGGGGCUCUUCUGCUGCAGCAACCGCUUCGCUUCGAAUUCGGUGCGACCGCCGCGUCACCGUCCGACAGUAUGUCGACGUUCAGCGUACGCUGGGAAGGCUACGUGGCGGCACCGACCACCGAGUUGUACACGUUUACUGUGCACGUCGUCGGUGCACUGGCUGUCUAUCUCGAUGGCGCACUGCGUCUCAACCUCACGUCGUCGACAAGAGCCACGUUCACACAUACUAUGACAGCAUCCGAGCUAGUACCGUGCUCGGUUUUGUUUGCAAAGACAAACGAAACCAACGCGCGGUUUGAGGUGCAGUGGGCUAGCCUCUCGACACCGAUGGCGUUGAUUCCACCGACGGCCUUGUUUGCGCGAUGGCGCAUCAACAGCCUCACGCCGAUACUGCGCGUCUACCCCGAGGCGUCGGCACCACCGCAAUUCAGUAUCGCGUCGCCACUGCCACCCACAUGGGUUGCCGGGUCGCCCGUGACCUUGGUCAUUAUCGCCAACGACAGAUUUGGCAACGCGCGGGGGCAAGGGGGCGACGGCGUCGGUGUGCAUGUCGAGGGGACGUCGACGUCCGUGGUCGUGGCCGACCACCAGAAUGGGUCGUACACACUUUGCUUGACAGCGUGGAAGACAGCACCGACGGCCUCGAUGACGAUCGGUGUCAACGCCACGCCCGUCGACAGCGCACUGAGCCCUGGCGCGUACGCCCGGAGUCUCUGGCGCCUCGGCGCUGCCCCCGUCGCGUUCUCGGUCGUCGCUGCGUCCCCCGUGCUGGCGCAGAGCGUUUUUUCGGGCGAUGGUCUGCUCGGUGGCGUCGCCGGCGAGCCGCUUACCUUUGUUGUGCAGCUUCGGGACGCCUACGACAACAACGUUGCGCCUUCGACAGCAACGACAGUGACAGUCACGUUGGCGCCGUUGUCGGUGGUCUGUGUCGUGACACCGGCGGCAGAGGUCGUCACCGCUUCGUGCCUUGUCCGUGUCGCCAUCUCGUAUACGAUCGAGGUGCGUCUCGGUAGUACUUUGUACUCGCCAUCGGCGUAUGCUCCGGUGGUGCUACCGUCGAUACCGGCGUCAGCGACAACGGCCAUUUCAACGACACUGCACCCAGCGCUCGAAACGCGGGCGUUUGGCCUCCAGCUCUAUGACGCGUACGGCAACGCUGUCCGCCUCGGCGGCGAUAUCCUCCGCGUGAGCUUUCGCGGGGCCGCCACGAGCGUCGCUACGAUCGUCGACAAUCUCAACGGGUCGUACGUGGCGUACUACCAGCUGCCGCUCCCCGGCUUGUUUGAGACGCGCGUCGACUUGCUCUCAAAAGCCAGUCGCGGUUUGAUCGGGCACUACUAUGGCCGCGUCGCGAGCGCCAAACCCGAUGUGACGCGGCUCGAUGCAACUUGGCGCAAUGACGGGUACGCCAAGGUCGUCUGGACCGGGUUCCUUCUUGGUGGCUUCUCCGAGCUCUACACAAUUAGCGUUCAGGGCCUACCGACGACCGCAACGGCGCAGCUUCGUGUCGACGACCACGUCGUCACAACCUCCCCGAUUGCGCUGCGGGAGGGACUUCCUCACAUGCUCACGCUCACUGUCGAAGGGCCUUCGGUGCCAUGGUCGGUGACACUAACGUGGGCAAGCGCGAGGACACCGGCGAGUCCUAUACCCCUAACCCACCUCUUUGGCGACGCCGUGGAGGCGGCCCCACGGACGCAGUUGGUCGCGGUAUAA